GUGAGGUGAUGGUUUAACUUUCAGUCCAUUAACAUUUCAGACGACCACAGAGAACUACAGACAAGAUGAAAAAAGUGGUGAUUCUUUUUUCUGUGCUGAUUCUGGUCUGGACAUGGACCCUCCAGGUGCACAAUAUGGAGGCAGAUGAUAGUGAUGAUCAGAAGGAGAGUAAUGCUGCAGCUUCUGAAGCUCACUUCAACAAAUCUGAAGUUUGUGUGAUGGCUUCAGAAAAAGGUCCUUGUAAGGCGCACAUAGAACGUUUCUACUACAACUCCACCACCAAAACCUGUGACAUCUUUGUCUACGGAGGCUGCGCGGGCAACCUGAACAACUUUGAAAGUACAGAGGAGUGUAUGAAUAAUUGUCACACUGAAGAAGAGGACUGAAAUAAAACCAAUCUCUGACGACAACUGCUAUCUGAGCUCUUUUUGGGUGCAGAGCAAUUGUGGGUCUGAUUGUGAAAACCUGCUCCUCGAUGAGAAAACACAACUAAGAGAUAAAGCUUGAGGCAUUACAUUACAUUUUAUGUUUAAGCACUCAAAAAAUGUGGAGAAUGAGAUUACCAAUAAAUCAACUCACUGAUCUGAA